AUGGCGCAACAAGGCGAGGACAAGAGCACGAUGGAGAAAAUGAAGGACAAGGUCAAGAGCGCCUUUGGUCAAGAUGACAAGGAGUCGUCGUCCCCAUAUGCAACCAAGACCCAAGGCCAGUCGGGGCAGUGCGGACAAACGAGCCAAACUGGCGCGACAGGGCCAUAUGGACAAGCUACCAGUAGCCAACAAGGGCAAUCUGGGCAACAAGCUCUACCAGGCCAGUACGGACAAUCUACCGGUGGGCAACGUGGACAAUCGACCCAGUCAGGGCAGUGUGGCCAUUGUACCGGUGGUCAGCAAGGACAAUCUGCACGACAUGGUCACUCGCAGCAACCUGCCUGCACUGGGCAAUCCGGCCACUCGGGGCAAUCUGGCCGUGGGCAACCCUAA